GCGGGCAUCCUUGGGUGUGAUUAGCCCUAUUUUGCAGACGUCGCUCUGGAGCUCUGUCACAUGGAAGGGACCCCGGCAGUGACGUCCAAGAAGGUGUUCGGCUCGUCGAAAUAAAAUAGCCACCGUACUGAGCGUCUCCGAGGGAAGGGGCAACAGUUGCUGGGAGACAACCGCGGCAGUCCGACUGGCCAGACCUGUGGCGGUAAAGGAAAGGCUCGUCUUCCUCGGAUCGAGACGUUGGAGUUGGACCGAAAACAGCAACAGGUGCUCGAUUAUCUCCAUGGAGACGCUCCUGCGGAAAGUUAAACCGGAUGACGCAAAGGUCGCUGCAGUCAAGUGAACCCCCGCCGGCCGGAAUCGUGUUCCCUAAGGAACUGCAGUUGAGGAAGAAAUGGAUUGGGACCAGUUGGAACUGAAUCCCAAAGUGAUUGCCGCUGUUAAGAAAGCCCAGAUACAUUCAGUGAGGGAAGUUUUGAAUCUUUCUGGCCCAGACUUGCAGAGGCUGACAAAGCUCUCCAGCCUCGACGUCCAGCGUUUAUUAAAAACUGUGGCUUUAGCACUCAGGAGGAACACCGUGGUCACAGCGCUUCACAUGUAUCAGCAGAGAGCGAAAUUCCCGGCCCAGCACCAGAAACUCAGCUUGGGCUGCCCGGUCCUGGACGGGCUGUUGGGCGGCGGCCUGCCCCUGGCCGGGAUAACGGAGCUGGCGGGACGGAGCUCGGCUGGGAAGACGCAGCUCGGCAUGCAGCUGUGCCUGUCCGUGCAAUACCCUCCCCUGUACGGGGGGCUGGGGGCAGGAGCCGUCUAUAUCUGUACCGAGGACGUGUUCCCGAACAAGCGGCUGCAGCAGCUGAUAGCCCAGCAGCAGGAGCUGAGGGCCGAUGUCCCCGGCGAGGUCAUGGAGCGGAUGAAAUUUGGCAAUAACAUCUUCAUCGAGCACGCCGCGGACCUGGAGACCCUGCAGGACUGCGUGGGGAAGCGGGUGCCCAUCCUGCUGGCACGGGGCCUGGCCCGCCUGGUGAUCAUCGACUCCAUCGCGGCGCUCUUCCGCUGCGAGUUCGGGGCCCGCGACUCGGUCGGCCGGGCCAAGUGUCUGCAGACGCUCGGGGCCAAGCUGCACCGGCUCAGCGCCGAGUUCGACAGCCCCGUCCUGUGCAUCAACCAGGUCACCGACACCUUGGAUGAAAGAGGGACGGCUCACGGUAAUUUCAGCUUGGAGGAAGAGGCCGUCAUCCCAGCUCUCGGUCUGACCUGGUCCAACCAACUGCUGAUGCGGAUGAUGGUCCACCGCCUCCCUGCCGGGAGCGAGCCGACCGAAGCCGCCGCCGCCGCGGGCAUCUCGGCCCCGGGCCCCGUGGUGCGGGCACUCCGGGUCGUCUUCGCUCCUCACCUGCCCCCAGCCUUUUGCUACUUCACGGUGAACGCCGAGGGCGUGAAAGGAUUAAAGGAAGUCCCAUCCAUCCCUCCCUUCCUUCAGAAAGCCCCGUACCAGGAAGCGCGACUCCUCCCGGAUGGACUGGCACAGGCCAACGGGGCCCGUCCGGCCACCCCUCGCUCGGCAGCCCCGGAACCACAACCGUCUUUAGGCUGACGCUGGCCCGGGACGUCAGAGCCGGGGCCUGCUCGGGUCUAAGGCAAAUCCCUGGUGCCGCUGGACGGCGGGGGGGUGGGGAGAUGGGCCAGGACGGGACUCCUAAUUCUGGCUCGGAAGCCUGGGCAGGAGUUGCGGAAAGCUGGAGAGGCUGACCCUCAGGCGGGCACGGUGACCGCAGGAGGCAGACACCGAGCGUUUUUAGUAAACCGAAUUGCCAGAGCGGGCGUUCCUGCUUGUGGCGAUCUGGCCGCCGUCGCAUGGGAGACGGAGUUGAGCCCGCCACUUUUCAGUAGAAAACGGCGGUCUCCGUCCGAGGCAGGCCGGGUGGCCGCGGUACGUGGUGCAGACAAUGCCCACGCAAGUAGGACUGGGGAUUAGUAGUGUCAUUUUCUAGGCUCGCCCACAACCCGAGGCCCUGGGCCAGUCAGGAGCCACUCCUGGGAUCCCGCUCCUGCCCUGCCUCCACCAGCCAAACCCAGCAGGGCAAAGGGCUGCCCGCCCUCUCCUUUCUGGUAGGCACCCCAUGAACUGGGUUGGGUUUGCGUCUUUUCAGCCUGCCAUCACGUCUGUCAAGAGUAGCCAGAAACCAGGCUUGGAUCAAAAAGGAUGGUUUUUUUCUUAACUCCCCUUCACCUUCCAUCUUUACAAGUGGGACCAAGGUGCGGCUCUCCGGGCUGGAUAAGCCACACGAACACCACGGGCCUUCUAAAGGCCCAGCGCGCCACGCUGACGGCAAGGUCGGUAACGCCUGCUGUGAAGGGCGCAGUGCCCAGCCCCGUGUGGCACAAGCCUAACGUCCAACAUUCGGCAGGGACCUCAGUGAAACGUGAGCGGCGGCCGGGCCACGAGAAGAGGUUUUGCUGCUCAGCCUUCUCCCUGAAAUGUUGCAGCUGGCUAAAGGCGUUAGGGAGGCAGCCUCUUCCCUGUAGUCAGGCCAGGGCUCUGCCUGGCUGAGAGGAGGCCUGCACCAGACUGCAAAGGCAAGUUCCGGCUCUGGAUUCAAUUGUGCCUCGGAUCAGCCCCUAGAUGGGAAAUGGAAGUUUCCAAUAGCACAUUCCUUAAAAAAAACCCCUAACACCCCAGCCCUUAACACUCCGGGAGGGGCAGAUGCAAACAAACCAGCGGCUGUAGACGAACUACCGUACGCAGCACGUUCGCAGGAGGGCCCGCGGCCGCUGAUGGUUUCCAUCUCUGAGCUGCCCCUGCACUCCCUUCCAGUCCCCAAAUGCUCCAGCACAUCCUUCCUGACAUGGUCCCACUCACGGACUGAAGCCCGCCAGACGGUUCCACACGAGGACUUGCCGCUGGGCCCCUUUCUCCACCCAAACCCCAGAAACAGCUGGAAGUCGCCAUUCCCAGUUGGAAGCGAGGGUCCCGGCGGCCGUGACUCCCGUUUUACUGAAGGUCUUAGCCCUCCCAGCCGGGCUUCUGUUUUCAUCAGUGAACUAAGGCUAAAUCCCGCUUUCCCCCUGAGGCUCCUCCCAGAACACCAUUUCAUUCACCAAUAAAAUCCAUCAUGGGGUAGGUGGAAAAAGGAACCUACAUUGCCAAAAGUAGAAUUGGCUUUUAGUUUGCAAAAGGUACCCUUUCUGACUGCUCUGGAGACCCAUCCUGCGCCCCGACUUCGCUAGCGGGGCAGGUGUCAACGGGAGCUCAGAACGGAUCGCAAGUCUGUCGGACCGGAGUAGGCGGGCACAGGCUCGAGAUCUGUCCCUUGGCCGCCGACCCCGAGAGCGGUCCGGGCCUGGAGGAAAUCAAAGCCGAGGGAGAAGCCAUUUUAUUAAUGAAAAGUCUUCCACGGACCUGGUCCUGUUCUGGGACAGAGAGUCGCUCAUCUGAAGCCAAGUGCCAAAGAGGGCUGGUGAAUGAGCUACCAGAUUGAAAAUUUGGGCGACUCAGUGAUGUGAAACGUGUCUGCUCAGCUUACAAACUCUGAUGUUUUAGGGAGUGUGACUGAGUAAAUGACAAAUUUAUAUGGCCAGAGGCAGGAAAAAAAAAAUCUUUCUGCCUAGCAGACCAGUAGCUUUCCAUCCUUUGAGAGAUUUUUAACAUCUGAUUCCCAUCACCAGCUGCACACAGAUCAACACCCACUUGGGGUUGUGGGGAAGAUCCUGAAAUUCUGUAGGCUCCCUUAGUUUUCAAACCAUUAAUUAUACCGCUCUAGACUGUAAGCUUACUGUUCUGCUAAUUCUGUUGAAUUAUACUCUCCCUAGCGCUUAGUUCAGUGCUCUGGACGUAGGAAGCACUCAAAUGUGAUUGCUAUGCAACAUCACUCUGCAUCAAUCUAGAUAAUGUAGUGUCCACUCCCCUUGUGAGUGGACAAAUUCAGAUCCUCAAAUUCAAAUUAAGCGCUUAGUACAGUGCUCUGCACACAGUAAGUGCUCAAUAAAUACGAUUGAUGAUGAUCCUCAACUGGUGCUCUGCGUUAAUGGACUCCGGGCCACGAUCGACCCAGCCCCGCUGAAAAGGACCCUGCAUCGUGUGGUAAUGUCGGGAAAGUAUUAACAUUUACUAUAAACAAAUGCCCACUUCCCUUUGAACAGGUACUUAUUUUCUUGGUGGUACAGAAAGCUGCUGGCCUGGACUUUAAGGGAAAAGGGUCUGA